AUGGACACACCUCAAUCCAUCCCAGACAAGGAUGUCACCGUGACCGAUCUGCCAACUUCGACAAUCCCUUGGUCCACGAGGACGAUGGCUCGGUUCACGGCUGAGAUCGAUCCGCGCUGGGCCGACACCAUUCUCGUGGCCUGUUUCUUCGUCUCGGGCAUUGUAGACAGCGUCGUCUUCAGCACUUAUACUUGCUUCGUCAGCAUGCAGACCGGAAACACUAUCUUCGCCGGUCUGGGAGUCAGCGAUCUGCCUUCCGAUGUUCCAAAGCACACCUGGGUCAAAUCUCUAGUAGCCAUCUUGGCCUUCUGUCUGGGCGCAUUUUUCUUUUCUCGAUAUCAUCGCUACCUUGGUGCACUAAAAAGAUGGGUUGUACUGUCCUCAUUCCUGAUUCAGACCAUGUUUAUGGUCAUCACUUGCAUCUUGAUCUCCACGGGUGUGGUGCCAAAGACGAAGAAGCUCACCAUCGGGCAGACUGGCAGAGGCAGCUUUGCCUGGGUCGAAUUGUGUCCCAUCGCCUUGUUGGCAUUCCAGAGUGCCGGGCAGAUCGUGGCCAGUCGCAUCUUGAAAUACAAUUCCAUGCCCACCGUGGUAUUGACCAGCUUAUAUUGUGACCUGAUGAGUGAUCCCCAUCUGCUCACGGCGGGACUAUUUGAGGAUCCCGACCGAAACAGACGCGCCGUGAGUGCAGUGGCUCUUUUCAUUGGUGCAACGAUAGGCGGCGCCCUGAUCAAGACGGAUGUCGGCUUUGGGGGAGCGUUGUGGAUAGCAACAGGCGUGAAGGGAUUAAUAGUGUUGGCAUGGUUGUUGUGGAGGCAAAAGAAACCGCAAGGACAAUAA